UAAGUGUUACACUCUCUGUGCCAGAAUAUAUCAUACAUUAUCCUGUUUAAUCUUUGUAAUAACCCUAUAAGGUAGAUAGUAAUCACCAUUGAGUAAAAGAGGAAGCAAGCCCUGACAGGUUAAGUAACUUGUCUAGCCUAAAAGGUUGUGAAUCUAAGUGACGGAACAAAGUUUAAUACCCAUAUUUCUAACUUCCUUUUUAAAUGAUACUAUAAUGACUGCUAUGGGCAAAGCCACACAGCUGACCUGUAAUAAAUAGACUGAAGUGAGUCUUGCAUUUGGGAAUUCUGUAAAAUCCUAAGUAUUAAUGACUGUGAAAUCAUCAAGUCUUUUUCUUCUGUUUUAUAUAUGAAAUGUGGGACCUAAUUAUCUUAUGUUGCAGAAAGAUUCCUACUAUGAUCCACUUAGAUUAUCUUAUAUAAGGUUGCAUUUAAGUCUGUUAGAAAGAUGAAAAUUAAAUGUUUCACUUAGUGAAUGUACAUAAGUUGUGUGUGAUUAUAAUUUUUCCCUUUUUCUCCUCUAGCAAUGAAGCUUGGAGAUACAUGGGUGGCUUUGCAAACAACGUUUCCUUUGUUGGUGCAUUAUUAAAAGGAUUCAAAUGGGGAUUUGCUGCAUUUGUGGUAGCUGUAGGGGCUGAAUAUUACCUGGAAUCCAAGAAUAAAGAUAAGAAGCAUCACUGAAGAUAAUACCUGGAAGUAUCUUAAAGGCUUCUUAACUCUCUUAUAAAAAUAAGAUUUCUUCAAUGUAGCUUACUCGUCUGUGUGUUUUUCCCUUAAAUGAUACUAGUAAGAUUUAAUAAAGUAAGAAUACAA